UGCUCUUUGCCCCUUUUCUUUACUCAAAGCCCCAACUCUUCUUCAGAGUUAGAGUUCCUUCUGUACUCAGCUAUAUGUCACCAUAUCCCACUGUACUUUGUGACCUGUGAAUAGCAGACAUGGCUCGGAGAUCUACAAAUUGCAAAUGGGUCACUGCAUUCUUGGUGUUGCUAGCUUGCUCAGCGGCUGGACAAGUUCAAGACGGUCCGUUAGUUAACGGCAAUUUCGAGAUACCUCCAUCAGGCGGAUUCUCCACAGGAAACGGAUUUUUCGAGGGAACACUCGAAAUUCCAAAUUGGAAAACAAACGGAACAGUAGAGCUUGUAGAAUCAGGGCAAAAACAAGGUGGAAUGAUCCUCAUAGUACCACAAGGCAAACACGCAGUACGUUUAGGGAACGACGCCGAAUUAAGCCAAGAUCUCAAAGUUGAAAAAGGCUCUAUUUAUUCAGUGACAUUCAGUGCAGCUCGCACAUGUGCACAGUUAGAGUCACUGAACGUGUCUGUUCCACCUGUAUCACAGACCAUUGAUCUUCAGACUCUUUAUAGUGUCCACGGCUGGGAUUCUUACACGUGGGCAUUUCAAGCUGAAGAAGAUGACGUGGCUGUCGUUUUUAAGAAUCCUGAUAUGGAAGAUGACCCAACUUGUGGGCCCAUUAUUGAUGAUAUUGCUAUCAAGAAGCUUUUCGUUCCAGAUAAGCCCAAAGAUAAUGCAGUAGUCAAUGGUGACUUUGAAGAAGGUCCAUGGAUGUUCAGAAAUGCAUCACUUGGAGUUCUGCUCCCAACGAAUCUCGACGAGGAAACCUCGUCGUUGCCUGGUUGGAUAGUCGAAUCCAACCGUGCUGUUAGAUACAUCGAUACGUACCAUUUUACGGUCCCGGAGGGGAAAAGAGCAAUAGAAUUGCUAUCUGGGAAAGAAGGCAUUAUAUCCCAAAUGGUUGAAACUAAGCCUAACAAGCCAUACAAAUUGACAUUUUUAUUAGGCGAUGCAGGGGAUUCAUGCAAGCAACCACUAGCAAUAAUGGCAUUUGCUGGUGAUCAAGCUCAAAAUAUCCAUUAUACUCCCAAUGCCAACUCUACAUUUCAAGUUGCCAAUCUGAACUUCACAGCCAAAGCCGAUAGGACACGUAUCGCUUUCUAUAGUAUCUAUUAUAACACAAGAAUUGAUGAUAUGAGCUCUCUUUGUGGACCUGUUGUUGAUGAUGUGAAGGUUGAAUUGUCAGGGUCUAGCAAAAUUAGGGUGGUAGGAUUGUUGUUUGUCUUUGGAUUGCUCAUCUCAUUUGUUUUUGUUUAGAUUUAAUAGUUGUAGUGUCUACCUUAUUACAUGGUAUAUACAAGUGUAUGUGUAUGGUUUUGCAAGUGUUGGAAAACCAUCUUUAUGUCCUAGUUCUUUUUUUUUUUCAAUGAAAAUUUGAAUUGUUAUUAGUUAUCAUCUAGUAAGAAUCAAUUAUUUUGGGCUA